AUGAAUACACAAAGUUACAGGAAAACCAAUUGGUAUCAAUCAAAAAAAGUUGGCAAGAUCAAGAGGCGACUGGAAGCGGUUAAAAACCCCUGGAUGUCUGCGCCUGAGUUUGACCUGAGCCACAAUGAAAGCAUAAGGUUGGCAACAGAUGCCUUGCUGGAUGCUGGCACUGAGGCUUAUGAUAGUGUGUUGGCUGAAGAAGGAGAGGUGAGCUUCCUAUCUCCUUCUGAAAUACAAUACAUUAUGAGUAAUCCUAAGGAGCCCCUCCAACCUGAGCUACCGCUAUUAGAAGGGGGACAAAGCAAACCUGGGGCACCAGAUGCUUCUUCUGACCUGACUGGCACUUACUUCCCACUCAACUCGGACAGCAAUGGACCAAUGUUGGAACAAGGUUGGCCAAUGGCAGACAAAAGAUAUUACCUGAAAGGACCCUCAAACAUCAAAGUUUACUUUCAGACUGCAAAAUCGCAGAGCAUCAAAAAUAUUUUACGCUUCUACAUCAGUCAAGCUAUUGAGCUAAUAGCUAUUGUGAUGGACAUAUUCACUGAUGUUGAUAUCUUCUGUGAUGUCCUGGAAGCAGCCAACAAGCGGGAUGUCAUUGUUUACAUUCUACUAGAUCAACACUCUUUACAAUACUUCAUUGAAAUGUGUGAAAAACUCCAGAUAACAAGCAGUCACUUAACGAAUAUAGAAAUCAGGCAUGUGUCUGGUGACCUCUACUGUUCAAAAUCUGGAAAGAAAUUUUCAGGCCAAGUUCAGGAAAAGUUUACCAUUAUUGACUGCUUACAUGUGCUAUCGGGAUCCUACAGUUUUACUUGGUUAUCAGGGCAGGUGCACAGGAAUUUCAUCACUCUCUUUUCAGGACACAUUGUUGAAAGUUUUGAUGAAGAAUUUCGCAGGCUCUUUUCUCAGUCUAAGCCAGUAAAUGAAUUCAGUUCAAAGCAAGCAUUACCUCACAGCCUUCCAAGAAGCUCAGUGAAAACCAGCAGCGGACCAAUAAUCAUGUGGCCAGAAAGUCACAACACCCUUUCAAAUACUUUGAGCAGCCUAUCCAGUUCCAGCUUAGAUAAUGACAAUGAAUCACCAAGAUCAAGUGGUCAAAGAAAUUAA